AUGGUGCACUGGACCCUAUGCAUGGUCCUGCUGCUGGCCGGACUGCCAGGGGCAGAGCCCCAGCCCACCUAUCAGAAUUUCCUCCAGAGGCAUGUGGACCAUCCCCAGACAGCAUACCCGUCACACCAGUACUGCGACAGGAUGAUUGCAGGACGGCAGAUUAACUGCCCGGGGCAGCCCUGCAGACCAGUGAGCUCUCCACCUGCCUCUCACCCAACCUGGGGCCUCCCUGGGGAUCAAGUUUCUCUUGGGCCCCUUGGCACACCCCUGGACCCCAACACUGCCUGCAGCCACACAGAGCCCUAG